CUGAGUCAUUGCUGGGGUUCAAAAGGUUUUGGCAACACAGGCAGUUGGUGUCUACUAACAAGAAGUUAUUAGCAUUAUCAGUUCAGUUUAGCCUUCGUUUAGUCAUUACUUUACAAUGGAGGGUUCAGUUUCAAACGUCGAGGUCUGUAAUUUUGCCUACACGGGGCAGUUUGAAAAAUUAAAGCAGUGUAUUUUAUCGGAUAAAACGCUCGCCUGCAAAACGGACCAGGACCACAGAACCGCCCUUCACUGGGCUUGCUCGGCUGGCCACACCGACAUUGUGGAGUUCCUUCUUGAUCUGGGGGUGGAAGUGAAUCUACAAGACGACGCCUCUUGGACACCUCUUCACAUUGCAGCAUCUGCAGGCAGAGAAGACAUAGUGAGAUCUCUAAUAUCCAAGGGAGCUCAGCUGAACUCAGUCAAUCAAAACGGCUGUACCCCUCUGCACUACGCAGCCUCUAAAGACAGAUAUGAGAUUGCCUUGUUGUUGUUGGAAAAUGGAGCAGACCCCAAUGCCACAGACAAGCUUGAAUCUACUCCCCUACACAGAGCCUCUGCCAAGGGCAACUACCGCCUGAUCCAGCUGCUUCUCAAGCAGAGCGCCUCCACCAACAUCCAGGAUUCACAGGGCAAUACACCACUCCAUCUCGCAUGUGACGAGGAACGUGUGGAGGCAGCCAGGUUGCUGGUCGAACAUGGGGCCAGCAUCUACAUUGAGAACAAGGAGGAGAAGACUCCCCUCCAAAUAGCCAAGGGCAGUCUGGGCACAAUACUUCGUCGGAUAGUGGAAGGAUGACGCAUACACUGACCUGAUGGUCAUGCUUCAGCCAGGACCCACCGUGUCACCCAAUUACAUAAUAAGAAUAAUCAUCCCCACCAUCCUUCAUCAGACUAGUUUGUGAUGAGUGCAGGUGGAAGGUAAGAGCGCCAGGGAGGAAUAUAUGGAAUGUUUGUACAACUCUCUUCCCGGUUCCUCGGCUGGUUCAUAAAGACACUGCUCCGACUGCUGAUGUUUGAAGAGCAAAUUUCAGCUGCACUAAUGUAACUAAUCUAUCCAAAUAUUAGUGUAAUGUAUUUUGUAUGAUGUUUGCAAGACUAACUAAAUAAAAAAUUAGUCUUCAACCAGC